AUGCCGCCUCAGAGCUUCCCAAUCGCUCCUUUCUCAUCGAUCGACCUGAUGCCGAAGAAACUCUCGAAGAAUCCCCAAGGUGGGAGCACCACAAACCUCGGGACACCCUCGACCUCGACAACGAAUUCCACCUCCCUCUCCCUUCCUCGAAUCCUGACCGACGAGCUCCCCCUUCCGAAGCUCAUUGUCUUUGACCUCGAUUACACCCUCUGGCCCUUUUGGGUCGACACACAUGUCUCCGGCCCGCUGAAAGCCAAUGCGACACAUUCGGCAGUCACAGAUCGUCACGGCGAGUCCUUCGCCUUCUACCAGGACGUGCCGCGAAUACUCUAUACUCUGCCACUGGCAGGCAUCAAAAUCGCAGUCGCGUCACGGACAUCGGCCCCCGAUCUAGCACGGGAUAUGCUCAAGCUCCUGCACGUCCCGCCGCCGAGUGCCGAGGAAGGAGGCAGUGGCAAGAAGGAGAAGACAAAGAGGGCGCUCGAGUACUUUGACGCACCGUUGGAGAUAUACCCUAGCAGCAAGAUAAAACAUUUCGAGACCAUAUUCAAGAAGACGGGCAUUCCAUUUACGGACAUGCUGUUCUUUGACGAUGAGAGUCGAAAUCGGGAGACGGAGAGCUUGGGCGUCACCAUGCAGCUCGUGAGGGAUGGUGUGACGUGGAACGAGAUCGAGAAGGGUGUGGCGGAGUGGCGCAAGAGGAGGGGAUACUCGGGAUAG